GUGGCUCUCGGAAGUGGCGGCGGGGGCGGAGUUUCCGGCUCCGGGUGAGGACGGGGGGGCGGCGGGAGCGCGGAGGGGCCGCGGAAGGACCCCCCGACAACUCCGUCCCUGCGGAUCCAACACCUCCCACUUUGGGGGGGUCCCGGCUUUGGGGGGGGCCUGGCCGAGUGUCCCCCCCCUUUCCUGAGCCCGUGGCCCCCCAGGAAGAGGAGGAGGAGGAGGAGGAAGGAAUGGCGGCGCCGUGGCGGGUACUGGAGCCUGCCCAAAAAUCCAUAAAAAUUUACUGAUUCCACCUUUUCUGCCCCCAAAAGGAGCUUUGCCUGGGCGACAGUCAGGCCAAAGGCUCCCACACCAUGGCUCAGGCGAGUCUCCUGGCCUGUGAGGGGCUCUCGGGGGUCUGCCUGGUCCCCACAGUCGCCAGUAAGAAGAUGAUGCCCAAGGCUGGAAAACAGGAUGGGAACCGGGAAAGAGGCUCCAGCCCUGACCUGCUGUCCCUCCGCCAAGACCCCGACAAGCCCCGCGCCCGCAAGGACGACGACACCCCCGAGGCCUCCAACCCCAAGAAAUCCAUGAAAAAGCGCCGCAAGCGGGUUCCCAGCGCCGAGGGACCCCCGAGCUCGUCCCGCCGCUCCCAGUCCCAGAUGGUGGUGAUCGAGCAAAACGGGUCCUUCCAGCUCAAGAACUUUAUCUGCGACCACUGUUUCGGGGCCUUUCGGAGCAGUUACCACCUCAAACGGCACAUCCUCAUCCACACCGGGGAGAAGCCCUUUGAGUGCGACGUGUGCGACAUGCGCUUCAUCCAGAAGUACCACCUCGAGCGGCACAAGCGGGUGCACAGUGGGGAGAAGCCCUACCAGUGCGAGCGCUGCAUGCAGAGUUUCUCCCGCACGGACCGGCUCCUGCGGCACAAGCGGAUGUGCCAGGGCUGCCAGGGCAAGACCCCCCCUGACUCCCAGCUCCUGCUGUGAAAUUCUGGGAAUUCUGGGGGUGCUGGAGGAAGGGGGAGCCUCCCUCCUGCACCCCCCACCCUCUGCAUCCUCUGCUUCACCCGGAUUUUUCACCCUGAGCUGCGAACUCCUAAAAAACCUGGAGCGUUCCCAGUGUGAAAAACUCGGAUCUUUCCCACCCUUCUGGCCUAAAAACUGGGAUAAUGAACCCAAAAAUCCUCCUGGAAUCUUCAAGCUGUGCCCUCCUCAUCGUUGGAUCCCUAAAUCCAUCCCAAAUUCCCCCAUAGGACAGACUGGGAGCCCCCAAACUGCCCCAAAUCCCAGCAGGUUUGAGGUACCAAGGACACAGGUAGGAGGGUCCCGCUGGGAAUGACAUCUCCAAGCCUGCUUUUUUGGGGGGAAAAAGGAGGAAAACUGAGGAUUUUGGGGGGUGUUCCAGCUUCAGGAGGGUGGCAAAUUCCCCCUUUUUAUGGAAAACAGAGAAUGAGGAACUUGGGGGCGUCCCUGAUUUGGGACUCGGCAGCACUUCCCAUUCCCUCUGGAAUUCCUGUGGAUUCCAGGGACGUUUCCCCUGUUUCCACGUGGUUUUGGGGGGGGCUCCCUGUGUCUCCCCCUGCACCUGUGGGGGGGGCUGCACCUGGAGGGGGGGCAAAGGGACCCCCAUUUCCCAGAAAACCCCAUUCCCAGGGGGAGGAAAAUCCUGGAAACCUCCAUUCCCUGGGGUGGGAAAACCAUGGAUCUGCUGAGGGGGAGUGGUUGGAAGAUCCAGGAUGUCCCAAAAAACUCUGGGGGGUCCCCCCCAGUGCUCCCCCCCACAUUUUGGGGGUCUCAUGCUUCCCCCAAUCACAGACUGCUCCAAGGGGGGACAAAGCUGAUGAAUUUUGGCCCCCCCCCUUUUUUUGGUGCCCUGACCCCCCUUUCUGGACCUGCAGGACUUUGGGGACACCCCCCUCCCCAGUGACGCUUCGAAAAAGGCUUUGGCUCUGCUGAGCCCCCCCCCUAAAUUUGGGGGUCAGGGAGGGUGGUUUGAGGGCUCCAGGGGGUGGGUUGGGGGGAUUCUGGGGGGGUUUUGGGGCCCUCCCAAACCCGGGGGGUGGUCACACACACACACCCCACCCCUCUGCCCUCCCCAGAUUCAUUUUUGGGAUGUUUUGUUGGGUUUUUGGGGUUUAUUACAGUUAUUUUGCUAUGGGGAGGGGGGGGGUCAGGGGUCACCCCCGGGGGGGGUCACUUUUAAACAGUAGUUUUUUCUAAGGGUCCCCAAAUUUUGUGUCCCCCACCCGUGUCCCCAAAAUGUCGUCCUUUCCUCCACCACCCCCCAUGUGCCCCCCCCUUCCUUUAGGGUUUAUUUAAAUAAAACUUUGGGGUUUUGCUUUUUUUAA